AUGGCCCCCAGGAUAGGUCCUAAGGCCCCUCUAGAAUCAAGGCUCUGUUGGGGGACUGAAUGCCACGCAGAUCACACAACACUGGUGCUGAUCCUGUUUGCCACUAUACUGGUGACUUGGCUUGAAGCUGCUAAGCUCACUGUGGGCUUCCACGCUCCCUGGAACAUCUCCUACCCAUUCAGUGUGCAGCCUGGGGCAGGCCUCCAGAUUGCCAUGGACAAGGUCAGUGCAAAGCCAGUGGGACUUGGAAACUUCACCUGGGAGUUCACUUUUACCAGCUUGGUCUGUAGCAUCAAGGAGUCUCUUGCUGAUUUCAUCAACCAGGUCCAGAAAGAACAGAUUUCUGCCCUGUUUGGGCCAGCAUGCCCAGAAGCAGCAGAGGUUAGUGCUUUGCUGGCCUCUGAGUGGAACAUCCCCAUGUUUGACUUUGUUGGAUAAAUGGCGAUACUGGAAAACCACUUCUUGUAUGAUACCUGUGUGACACUUGUGCCACCCAAGCAGGAAAUGGCGAUGCCUGCAGAAAAGUCUCCAGUACCUGGCUGGAAACACAUGUUUGGAAGCUACUAUAGGGCUUCCUCUUGGGAUGGAUUGGAUAAGCUAUGGAGGAUUGUAGAGGAAGAAAUUCAGUCCCAUUUCAUCAUCGCUGCCAGCAAGAGAUACAACAGUCAUGACUCAGCCCUCCUCCAGGAGGGCCUCAGAAACAUGUCUUCACUAGCCAGGGGUAAUAUCAUCUUAAUCUACAGCUCAGAGAAUGCACAGGUUAUUCUGCUGGAUGCAGAGAACCUGAGACUCAACACUGGAGAAUUUGUCUUCAUUGUUUUGCAGCAGCUGGAUGUGGGUGUUAACUACCACUCAGAGGCUCUGGUAAAAAAGAUGGUGAGCCCCUACUCUGUCUACCUACACGAUGUCCUGCUCUAAGCUGGGACUAUGGAAGAGAUGAUAAAGGCCAGGAGAAACUUUCGGGAUGGGCAGCAGCUGCUCAGCACCCUGAAAACCAAUCGGAUCCCACUGAAAGCAAUAACUGGCCCUGUGUUUGUGGACACCCAGGGAGAAAGGCACAUGGAUUACUCUGUGUAUGCCCUACAGAAAUCUGGAAAUGAAUCCCUUUUUCUUCCUUUCCUUCAUUAUGACAGCUAUAAAAAAAUCAUCAGGUGUGACACUUGUCUGGAUAGAAGGAUUCAGUGGGGAAAACUGCAAAGCCAAAAUAAAGACUCCUGGUGGCAAAUCAAGUAUGAGAAUAUCACUAUUCUGUCCAACAACAAGGGUGAUGUAGGCAGCAGUCCCUGCGCACCUGGCCAUGCUACUGAGGACAAUGGAAUCCUGUCUCGUUUACAAUCACAGAGAGGCACUCUCAUGUCUGGGGGUGACCACAGCAGUGUGUCCAGUGGGAUGAGUUCUGGGGACUUCUACUACUUCGUUAACAGCCAGCAGGGAGAAGAGCUCCUUUCUGCCCCAAUAGGGAUUUAUCAGGGGAACCACAUAGCCAUCUGCUAUGUUGGUGACCACGCAGACGCCUGGAUGAGGAAGCCCACUGUGCUGCAGGAAGUCCGGCUAAUGAGAUCCCUUUCCACUAGUCCCUGGACGUGUGAAUUAAAGCAUGAAAAUAUUGUUUCCUUCUUUGGUAUUUGCACAGAACCACCUAACAUCUGUGUUGUCACCCAAUACUGCAAAAAAGCAAGCCUUAAGGAUGUUUUGAGAAACUCAGAUCAUGAAAUGGAUUGAUUCAAAAUCUCAUUGGCAUAUGAUAUAAUCCAGGUGAAUAUCCUAGACAGUCUGAUGAGCAAGCUGGAAGUGUACGCCAGUCACCUGGAGGAAGUGGUAGAAGAGAGGGUCAGCCAGCUGACGGCAGAGAAGAGAAAGGUGGAGAAGCUUCUGCCCACCAUGCUGCCCAGGAAGCCCAGUUUCAUUGGAGAACAACUCAUUGCUGGGAAGUCUGUGGAACCAGAACAUUUUGAGUCCGUGACAAUCUUUUCUCUAACAGUGGUGAAACUCCUCAGUCGGUGCAGUUUAUUCAGUCACAUCCUUGAGACCUAUGAUGGGUACAAGGUUGAGACCAUCGGAGAUGCCUACAUGGUGGCUAGUUGACUUCCCAUCCUCAAUGGGACCCAGCAUGUUGACCAGAUUGCCACCAUGUCCCUGCACGUCCUCAGUGCCACCAUCCAUUUCCAGAUUGGGCACAUGCCUGAGGAGAAGCUUAAGCUCCGGACUGGCCUCCACAGGGGUCCUGUGGUGGCCGGCGUGGUGGGAAUCACCAUGCCCAGAUACCGUCUGUUUGGCGUCACCGUGAACGUGGCAUCUAGAAUGGAGAGCAGCAGUUUGCCUUUUUGGAUCCAAAGCACUGCAGGCACCCCGUUGGCCAUGGGAGGGUACCAUCUGCAAAAGAGAGGCGCCACUCUGGUCAAGGGCAAAGAAGAACAAACAACUUUUUGGCUGAAAGGCAAACUGGGCUUCAUGAUUCCACUCCCUGAGUUUCCUGAGGAAGAAGUGGGAGUUCCAGAAGUCUUGGGAGAGGAUGCCAUCCGGCUGGCCACCGCGUCCACCUAG